AUGCAACUAGCACAUAUUUGUCUGCCUCUCAGUGACAAAGCUUGCCGACUGGGUGUAAUCGUUGCCCUAACAGUAAUUGUAGUGAUUUCCUUCAAUAUUCUGCGACUAUGGUUUCGCUUGAGGCAUAUCCCUGGGCCACGGAUGUCAGCUCUGACAAACCUCGUCCGACGAUCCUGGGUUACGACUGGUGGCGCGCAUGAUAUACACACUGCCCUUCAUCGCAAGUAUGGCACCGUGGUACGCGUCGGACCCAACGCGGUCAUGGUUUCUCAGCCCAAGGCCAUUGACACUAUCUAUGGAUUUAAAAAUAGACUUGAGAAGUCGGAAUUUUACGACUCAAUAAUGCCAAGAAUCAAGGGUGGCAAGCUUCCUGAUAUUUUUGCAACACGCGACGAAGACAUUCAUCGGCGGAUGAGAAGACCUGUUGCCCGUUUGUUCUCAGUUAGUCAUUUGGCAACGUUUGAGUCGACGAUGACAUCCACUCUGAAACACUUUUUCUCUCGUCUGGAUGAAUUGUUUGCGAACAAGGACACAGACUUCGAUCUCUUCCAAUGGAUUCAAUUCUUUAUGUUCGACGUCCUUGGCGAAGUCACUUUCUCUCGGGAGCUAGGCUGCUUGGAAAAAGGUGAAGAUGUUGAUGGCAUCAUGGCUAAUAUAUGGGCCUACUUUAGACAGGUUGCUGCUGUAGGUGUCGGCCUCCCAGUUCUACGGCUCGGGUAUUGUUGCUUACCAGAAUCCCAGAAUACCCAAAUGCCUUGGCUCGAUUAUCUCUGGAGAGAUAAUCCGCUGGUACCUGGUUCGACCAAGAAGAACCCUCUGGCCGAGUUUGGGUUCGCUAGAAUCAUGGAACGAAUGAGCUUGAGCAAAGAUGAGAAGCAGAACCUCGGUCAGAAGGAUUUCCUAUCCUGUUUUCUCGACGAACAGGCCAAGGAUUCCACUCUUCCAAGCCUAUUCGUUCCCACUUGGGUCAACUCUAACAUCGUUGCCGGUGCAGACACGACCAGCAUCCUGGCCGGCGCCGUCAUGUAUCAUCUUCUCAAAAAUCCUUCCUCUCUCGCCAGACUCAAAGAAGAGGUUGAUGACGCCGCAGCUAAAGGCCGUCUGUCCAGAUAUGUAACCUGGAAGGAGUCCAGAGAAUUGCAGUAUCUGGAUGCCUGUGUCAAAGAGGCCACAAGAAUGCAUCCUCCUUUUUCCCUCCCCUUUGAACGCGUUGUACCCGAGGGUGGUUUGGAAGUCGAUGGCCAUUAUAUUCCCCCCGGCACCAGAAUCGGAAUUAACCCUUGGGCUAUGCAUCGCGAAGCAUCCAUGUUUGGUGCGGAUCCUGACUCAUGGCGACCUGAACGCUGGCUGUGUAGUGAGUCCAAGCGACAAGAAAUGAACAAUGCGCUUUUAACAUUUGGCGCGGGUCAUCGAAGCUGCCUUGGAAGGCAUUUGGCCUACUUUGAAAUCUACAAACUCGUUCCAUCUCUGUUGCAACAGUACGAUAUUGAAUUAGUAAAUCCUGUUGGUAACUGGACGGUUGAGAACAAGUGGCUAGCCAAGCCCUCUGGGUUCCAGGUAAAGAUCUCAUCCCACAACUAG